UCACAAAAUACAAAUACACCUCGUACACACAGAAAUCAAAAAUUGUAUUCAAACAGUACUUAGUAAUAUCUUUGGAAUAAAACAAACAUAAAUAGUAGGCCCUGAUAUCGCCGUCGGAUGUGAGAGGCGCCUGCCAGUUCUUAUUAAGGAAAUAACGUGCAUUAUAUCAAAAUUUCUCUACAAAAUUCUGCUGUCAAUUAUAUAUCCUUUUAAUCUCAAAUCGCGGUUCAGCCAUCGAAAGGAUGUUGAAGCGAUGCUCUCAAGUUGCUGGUUUGAACAAGAUGCGUAGUGGCCUGAAUUCGGUUAAUCCGACCUGGACGACUGCGUUGAGUGCCUUAUGGCGGAAAUAUUCAACCAACACCCGGAUGAAGCCCCAAUUCCCGUACCCCUCUCCCGGAAGUAUGCGGCGUCAUCAAAUCAACCGUCACAGAGGGGGGACAAACGGAGGGGGAGGACCAGGAGCGGGAACUGGGACUAGCACUGGAACUGGAACUGGAACUGGGACGGGAACAGGAUCAGGAUCAGGAUCAGGAUCAGGAUCAUCGCCAAAAACAACAGCAACAGCAGCUGCCGCAGCAGCCUCAUCAGUUGCUGGAACACCGCCCGCCCCGACCAGAACUGUGCCGGUAUCCGCCAGGUCGGCGAUCGAUCGGCCCAGGAGUGUGGCGGUGGGCAUACCCCAGGACUCGGACUCGGAGGACAUAUCGGCGGCAUCGUCGCGGGCGGACAUAGCCGAGGAGGAGACGGCGUCGGUGCAGGAUAAGCCGCGCAGGAAGACCGCGUGGAAGACGUGGAGGACGACGUCGAGCAAAACGAAGACCGCCGUGAAGACGACGACCCGGAGCCGGGGCCAGGAGAUGUGGAAUACGGCGUUGGCAGCGGCCCGGGAACGGAAUCGCCAUCGGUACCAUGGCGACGGCGGGGAGGAGGAGGAGGAGACCGAACUGCCGGAACACGAGCCAGGUCCUUUCAAGCUAAUGCCGCCACUGAAGCCGGUGAAGACCCUGAACUUCCUCUACCAGCAGAGCAUCCUCAAUGGCAACGGUGUGCCCUCCAAUCGUCCCUACGACUACUCCGAGGACGAUCGCCUGGACCUGGACGAUGACUUGGAUCUGGAGAAGAUCGAUUCGGUGAGUGCCUUGGAGCGAGUGCGAAAGGAGCGGGAACGGCGGCGGGCUCAGAAGAAGAUGCUCGAUCUGAUGCAGCAGCAGUUCGAGAAGGAUCAGCUCCAGCAGGAGCAGAAGGAUCAGUGGAACAGCGACGAUCAGAUGCGAAUGGCCAGCUUGGGUGGAGAGCCGCCGCGGCGUUCGCGGAGCGACGAGGAGAAGCACUUGACCCAGCUGAUGAUCGCCCAGGAGCCGAGAUCCAAUUCUUCCCAGGCGGAUCCGGUGGAUCCUUCACCCAAGACGACUGCCAAGACGGCGGUUGCUGAAGUCCCGGAAGCUGAACGACCUUCACCUCUGGCAUCUGCCCAGAACACUAGCCUGCCGCCCAUUCCGGACGCCCGAAACUUUCGGGCGUCUCGGAAUUCCAUGCCACGGCAGUUCAUUCCUUUGAGUCCCACGGCAACGGCCAUCAAGGACCUCGAUUACAGCAGGCAGUUUAAUGUCCUGCAAUUGCCGCCGCGGAGCGGUCUGGAGCAGGGCGAGCCUCCCGAGGUGAUGAGAAGUCUGCGCAGGAUUCGGUCCUUGGCCCGUAUAGGCCGUGAUGUCCGCUUCAUAACGCGGCCGGAUAAGGAAGAUCCGGAGGAGAAGUUUCGAUCCCCACCCCUCACCGAGCAGCCGCCCAGAUCGCGAGGUCCUUUGAACUCCGUGAUGGAUGUGCACAAGGCCCGGGCCAUGGAGAUGGAGAAGCGACGCCUCCAGGAGGCAGGAUCCAAGGAGUCGGCCACCAGCUACCUCUACAGCCAAAUGUUCGAGAAGAGUUCACGUUAAACGAAAAUAAAGGGAAAAAUUAAUUCAAAAAUGUCAAGAAAAUGAAAAAUAAGAAAGAAAACAGAAAUCGGAAAUCUGGCUGCUUUGGAGGUAGAACAAAAAAAAAAAAAAAACAAAAUAUGUCGAGCAAAAUGAAGGUCCUGUCCCGUCCAACCGUCCAAACGUCCUUUGUCCGUCGCCCACCCAAAACCCGCAUAUUUCCGGAGAGAGUGAAAGGAUGGGGAUCCCAAAUCCAAAAAAUUUGAAAUACACUGAGAAACAAAUCGUCCAAAAUGUAACAAAAAUACACAACCACAUACGGCAAACAACACACGGCAAACUACUAAAGACACUGGAAAAAAAAAAAAAUGGAAUAUAAAUUAGACUUUCAACAUCCAACGAUCAAGAAGCUUCACUGUAAUUCUAAACAAAUAACAAAUAAAUCGGAACUCUCUUUUCAACGCUAA